AUGUUUGGGAAAGGGAGACAUCAGAUGCGGCUGCUGGCUCUCAUUUGGGUGUUUGUGCUUUUGCCGAGGAGUGGAGCAGUUUCCAGAUGUGCAGAUCAUGCCUGCAGUCCACCCAUUCAGAACCUGGCUACUGGCAGGACUCUCAUCACCCUCUCAGGGAGUUGCGGGAACACCUCACACGAGCAAAGCACUUGUCACCACCCACUUAGUCACAUGAAUGAUGAUCCUUUCUUGUAUCCAAACACCUGGUGGGAAUCAAGCGCGAAUCCCACUGUGCAGGGGAUGCAGGAUGAGAUUCGUCUGGACCUGAAAACACACUUCUGUCUGUCCCACUUGGUUUUGUUGUUCCAGUCGCCGCGGCCCGCUGCGAUGGCCGUUGAGCGAUCAACAGACUUUGGGAAGUCCUGGGAGGUUCUAAAGGUCUUUGCACACAACUGUAGCAUGGAGUUUAGUUUACCUGAUGAUUUUAAUCAGCCUGGCUCUUUGUGUACAUCCCGUUACAGCAGCGCAGCACCCUGCAGUGGUGGAGAGGUGAUAUUACGGAUACUUGACCCCAGCAAUUCAAAACAGCUGGACCCCUACAGUCCAGAGGCUCUUGCACGCCUGACCCUCACUAACCUGCGUGUCAGACUGCUAAAAGCUCAGAAGUGUCCUCACCUUCAGCCGCCUUCAAAAGAACAAAUAGGGCCUACAUCUGCUUCACCGACAGGACCUUAUGCUGUUUACAAUUUACUGGCACAAGGCACUUGCCUGUGCCACGGACAUGCUGAGUUUUGUCUAGCUCGCCACAGCAGCCAAGACACACAACUGGAUGGUAACAUGGUGUCUGGUCGAUGUGUGUGUACUCACCACACAGCAGGCUUCCACUGUGAAAAGUGUGCGCCACUCUACAAUGACCGUCCUUGGAGGCCUGCCAAUGGCAGUAGUGGUGAUGCAAACCCAUGCCAGAAGUGUGAGUGCCAUGACCAUGCAGACAGCUGCCACUUCUCUCAGCGAGCGUGGUCAUCCACUGGUGGCCUAAGCGGCGGGGUCUGCGAUAGCUGCAGACACAACACCUUCGGGCGCAAAUGCCAGCGCUGUCGACGAGGCUACUACCGUCAACCAACCCUGCCUGUCAACUCCCCCCACACUUGCCAGCGAUGCAGAUGUGAUUCCCAAGGCUCCUUGUCUCCACAUCCUGGAGAUGAAGAAACCUGGUGCCACCCGCGGACUGGGCAAUGUAAGUGUAAAACUGGUGUUGGGGGCACAAGCUGCAGUCAUUGUAUACAUGGCUAUUGGGGCUUUGGAGCUGAGGGGUGCAAAGCCUGCACAUGCCCCAACAGCUGUAAUCCCAUCAAUGGGCAGUGCCUGGAAAGCGAUGCAAAGAAUCAGUUGUUCAAUAUACCCAUCGGUGGAAAAAUUCCUGCGUUGGAUUCUCAGUUCACUGUGGAUGAAGAGACACGGUGGCAGAAAGAACAAGCAGUCUCUUUGCUGCACACCUCAGGAAAGUGCAUCUGUAAGGAGAGAAAGCUAAGAAGUGUGUCUGAUCUCUGCAAGAUUAAACAUGACUAUGUCAUAAAGGCGAGCGUCAUGUCCGCUCAUGACAAGGGCAGUCAUGCAGAAGUGCAGGUCAAAGUGCGCAAGGUCCUACGAUCGGGUCUGGUAAAACUGAACUCUGGCACAGUCAGCAUCUUUCCUCUAUCCUGGACCAGUCGCGGAUGCACCUGCCCCAUUCUAAACCCAGGUAUGGAUUACCUGCUCGCAGGCCCAGAAGAAAUUGCCACAGGACGCUUGCUGGUCACAAUGCAGAGUGCAGUGAUCCCCUGGACCCCCAGAUUGGGUCUACUCAUUACAGAGGGCCUAAGAAGUGGAUGUCCAUAA